AUGGAGCUCGAAACGCUCCAGACAAAUUCGAAUGACUCUUUUGAUGAUUUUGUGCCAUUUCAAACGUUUCCUCAACUCCAGGAUAUUGAUAUCGAUGUACGUUAUUAUAGAAAAUUUUGGUAGAGCUUCACUUUUUUUAGGAGUAUUUGUUUGGCUUGGAAGGUUUCCAAGACAGCCCGUGUUCAACAAUGCCUGGUAACUUUUACAAAUUUUUCUAUUGAACUGACGAACAUUUCAGCGGCAAGUUCCGAGUCUUCCGACAGCUCGCCUCCAUUAAGUUGUGUCAACGACGCAGAGCAGUGGGACUUUAAUGCUCAGGUUUUUUUUUUUGAAUUUUUUUGCAUUGGUUUUAACAUUUUUCAGAGUGCUUUCUCGGACUGCGUUUAUGAACAGGAAACUUUGUUCGUGCAGGAGCCUCAAUGUUCAACUUCGCCACCUUUGACCCCUAUUCAACCAAGACCCGUCGUUCAAAACAUUGUGGUUUUAUUGCAUGGAAAAUCACCAAAAAUUCUAUUUUGCAGGAAUGCAAGCAAAUCGCCUCAAACAAUGGAAGGAAAAUUUAUACGAUUGCCUCUCGUCCUGAGCCAAUACCUUUCAUUCGUCGGGAAGAUUUAGUAGCCCUAAAUGUUCAGUUUUUGAUAAAUGUUACUUUUUUUUAGCUCUACUCUGCAGAUGAGAAUCGGAAAAUGAGAAACAGAAUGAGCGCUCAGGCUUCGCGAAUCAGAAAAAAACAGGUUUAUUUUCAAAAUAAAACGGCUUUAUUUCGCGUUAUAUUUAGGAAGUCGACACUUUGAAAAGAGAUCUCGAAAUUUUGCAACAAGAAAACAACUCUCUGAAAGAAGAAAACAGACAACUCCGAGAGCGACUAGCAGUUUAUGAAGGAGUCAGUCAAGAUUUCAUCUUGUUUUUGUAAAGCAAUUGUUUAGGAACAUCUGCCUUCGAAACCGACAGUUCUGCAUCGUGUAUUUCCAAACCAGCCAUUUAGAAUCAGGCCGAAGAUUGUUGCUGCCGGAUCAAUGUUGAUGGCUUUUGGCAUAAUCGCAAUCGUCAACCCGUUUAGCCCAGCGGCGCUGUCAGUUUUCUUUUUUUUUCAUACCUUUUUUUCAAAUUUUUUUUUAUAUAAAUUCUUCUUCUUCUUCUUCUUAUUACGCCUUUGUACCACUUGAGCGUCGUCGGCGCCCCAAGUCGAUUAGCCGUGGUCCUAUCCUGAUGUAAUUGAUAAUCAGUGGACUGACUCGAGUGACAUAUCCGUCCUUGUGUGUGACGGCUGGGGAUUAUGAAGCCGUGGUUUCCCACUACCAACAUUUCUUAAACCCCUUGGUUGGGUCGGGGCGGGGAUCGAACUUGUGACCCUGUGGACCGUAGACAGGCACACAACCUGUUGCGCUACGGCGCGCCCUUUUCUUUAUAUAAGUUCCUGUAGCAAAUAUUCCAUUUUUCAAACUUAAAAUUUAGAACUCACUCUAUUUUUUUAUUCGAGAAGAUAGUAGAAGGCAAUACGCUAAAAAUUUUUCACGAGUUGUAAACUUUAUUCAUUAUUUUUCUUGUAAAAAAAAUUGAAUCAAUCCAACUAUUGCAUUUCCAAUUCAGAAAGUUAUUCAAAAUUUUUUUUUCGUCAACUAAAUCAAAAAAUGCAACUGAGCUUCACCGAUUUGUUUUGUUUAUAACUUUUUUACCUUUUUUUCUCGCUUUGUCACUUAAAUAAUAGAAGAUCGUAGAACAAAAUGUUUUUUCCAGUGAGAUAUCGAAGUCAUCCAUUAUUCCGGCGUCCAACGCUACAAGGAACGGCUCCAUCGUUCACCGCGGCCGCGUCCUCCCGCUGGAAGUGUACCCCUCUAAGGUAUCGAUCUGCGGCUGACCACUGGUCAAACCAAAUUCAGGACGCUUAUGAGAUUCAAAGCGCAAAAAAUGCGUCGAAUGCUCCUUCCUGCACUUCCAAGCUCAAUGCCACAGAAGCUCGGAGGUUACUCAACUUUUAACUUUGAUGAGAAACAGUAAAUCUUUAAGAGUGACUAACGACAUCGACAUAUGGAUCAAGAAACAUUCUUUCGGAGGAUUGCGCCCAAAACAUGGCUUGUCUUCUGAAGAGGCCAUCAACGAGUUCUACGCAAAUGUGAUUAGGAAACGCGCUAAUGCUCACUCAUCAUUUUAUUACAGAGUUACUUGACGCCAGCUCCAGAAGCUACGAAACCUAAUAACGUAAAGAGGUAAAGCAAAGUAUGACUAAAAUAGUACAAAAACUGCUUUUCAGCCGUACCGAGAAAGCCGUUUUUCGAUCACGGGCGCGAACUUGGAAACAGUUGGAAAUGCUUGAUUUGUAUGAUUUAUAGAUAUCUCAGAAGUAAUUUUUUCUUUUCAGGAACACUCAAUCGAAGUCAAACAUCGAGUUGAGCGGCUUCAGGAAAAAAGACCAAAUUGCUAAAUUGGCGAAAUCGCUGCGACAAAAGCGAGACACGCUUUACCUGAUGACUUUGAAGGUUUGAGUUUUUUUUGUUUUCGGAUUUUGGCAGUAAUAAAAACCUUUAUGCAAUAAAGGGAAUUUUUACCAACAAUCGCCAAUUUUUUUCAGAAUUGUUAAACACAUUUUUUCAAGUUCCGCCGCUGUUUUAAUGUCAUAAAAUUUUUUGUCUUUCAGGAUUACGUGCUGCUCCCUGCUUUGAAGACCAAAGACAACGCAAUGCCCAAAAUUUCGCUGAUUCUGCCAGCUUUUCCUUUUAACGGAACUCAUUUGGAUGAGGUUAAGAUGAACCUUUUUCCAGUGAAAAAUCUUUGUUUUCAGUACUCGCUGCUUCGAAUUGACUGUGAUAUCACAGGAACGGCUCAGCUCACCUUUCCAAACAGAAUGCUCUCUACUUUGGUACCCUAA